CAUGCGCCGGUCGACUGAAACCAUAAAUUAUGCUAAAUAUCUAUAGCGAAAUACACAGACGCACACAUUAAUUUAGUCAAAUACUUUUUUGGGUGUGCCGGGUGAACCCCUCCCCGGUCUCUCACAGCAGCGGGCCAGGGACCGGCUCGACAUUGACACUGCUGCAUGCGGCGUUGCCUUGCUCUUCGACGACUUGAGGCGAGGGUAAGCCCACUCACAGCGGAUGGCUUUGACGUCCAAGCUGCCUCCGCUGCCGCCGCUGCUGCCGCUGCCGAUGCGUACACACAUUCUCCGGUUUUGGCCAAUUCGGGCUAUUGGCUGAUUUUAUUGUUAUGGUUAUUUAGAUUAAUUUCCUGAACAUCGACGUACAAACUGUCGAAGCGAUCAGGUUUUUGAGAAUAUCGUAUCACACGUCGGUUUUUAGUAUAAAUUCGCUUGCCAUCUACCACCAAGUCAGCACACUAUCUUGUCUACCAGUUCAAGACACACACAACCUCCACAGCCUUAAAGAUGUUCCGCUUCCUUCUUGUUGCCUCGGCUUUCAUUGCCUGCGCCUAUGGUGCUUCCCAGAGCGACGCAUAUGCCACCGGCAGGAGCGACAGUGAUAUCCAGCCUGAUGGUAGCUACAGGUUCUCAUAUGAUACCUCCAAUGGAAUCGCUGCUCAAGAGCAAGGAGUUGGUGGAUACUCUACCAGCGGUGGAUUCUCUUACUACUCGCCAGAGGGUCAACUGAUCCAGACUUCAUACGUUGCCGAUGAGAAUGGCUUCCAGCCUCAAGGCGCCCAUCUGCCCACACCACCACCCACUCCCGUAGCUAUUCUUAAGGCUUUGGAAUACAUUCGUACCCACCCACAAUACGAAGAACCCGCCCAGGGUCAACAAUUCAUUCGCCGUCAACCUCAGGUUGUCCGCAAGCCCUUCUUCGGUUAAGAGUUGAAAAGUAUUCCAAGUAUUUACAAACUAAAAGCUUUCUUAAUGUGUACAUAUGUUUUUUAAUAA